CUGUUUAUUGUUUGCGGCGCCCCGCACCCGUUGUGAACUUAUAAUCCUAAAUUUUAAAAGUUCAUGAAAUUACACUAUUAAUGAACUUAAGAAAAUAGAUUACCGUAAUCUGGGCAGUGAUUUGUGUGAUAUAUUUUCCCCGAACUGUGUAUAAUAGUUCAGAUUUGCCAUAAAAAUUAAUAAGAUCUUUACAAUGGCUACCUCCGCGUCCCCCCGAAAGACUAUAAAUUGACAGUGAAAAUGUUCACGUGAUUUAAAAACUAGCUUAAAAAUAAACAGUUUUUGUUUAUGAUAUUUAGUUGUUAUUUUUUGCUUCAUUUUUAUGGUUAUUAUGAAUACUGAUAAUCAGAAUGUCCUACCUACAGUGCACGGCACCUCAAAUUCUGAGGGUUCAUCUCAGAGAAGUCCAGCUACAUCAGUUCCCACAGAUCUGAGGGUUAACACUACAGCUUUAAAUGCUGUAGCUUUAAGCAAUGUAGCUAAAUACUGGGUAUUAACUAACUUACUACCAGGACCAAUACCACAGGUUUCUGUCUAUGGAUUGCCAGGUGCAAGUAGAGAAGCACAAGGAAAAAUUUCUCAAGAUGCUGUUCUGGGUCAACAUAGUUUUCUACAAUCUGACCCAUUACUCAUUCAACAACACACUCAAAUUCCUGUUAGCAUUGCAACAUCACAUGGCACUCUGGGGCUCACUACUAGUGGAGUACACCUAGAAAAUGCUCAUAUUUCUAGUCAUUCCAAUGAAAAUCUGUCUUCACAGAAUUCCAGUCAAUUGUCUAGAGAUAUGCGCAUACCACACUCGCACCAUCAUAAUCAACAAUCACAACAGCAGCAGCAGCAACAACAACAACAACAACAGCAGCAGCAGCAACAACAACAGCAACAACAACAACAACAGCAGCAGCAACAACAACAGCAACAUCACCAGCAUCAACAAAAUCAACAAAACAUGGUUCAAGUCCAGGUUCAAGAUAAUUUGGUUUCAGUUAUAGAAGAUAACAAAGACCAUAAAGAUAUUAUAUCUGCUCAGCUGCAGGCGGCUCACUUACAGAUUGCUGAAAAUCACAUUGGUCAACAAAAUUUAAGUGUGCAGCAGUUACAGCACCUUCAAGUUCAACAGGUUCUGGAAAAUGUGGUGCGAUUGGAGAAUUCUGUAGAAAACAAUCAGAACCAAUCAAAUAAUGAUCAUCAGGAUUCUCUUACAGAGGCCAUUCAAAUCGUCAAAGAUGAAAAACCAUUUCCGAACUGCAAAUUAGUGUCUGGAGCUCAAUUCGGUUUGCAGGACCUUAAAGGAAACUUGAUGGAUGUAAGAACAGCAGAUGGAAGUAUUGUUAAAAUACAAACGAAUAUGCAAGAACAGGAGAUAGUUAAGACACUUGGAGUAGAUAUUGUUAAUAAUAUGUAUAAAGUGAAUGUAGAUGAUUUGAAUCAAUUGCUGGCUUAUCACGAGAUUUUUGGAAAGUUGCAGGGCAGCCAAAUAAGUACAGAUACCAGUACUCCUACCGUAACUCAAAACUCGAAUAAUAUAAAUCUGUCAAAUUCCAACAUAAUCAUCGCAAAAGAUGAACAGGAACCAUCUACAAGUAACAUUAACAACGAAAACUUACCCACUGUUGUCGCGACUCACGGUUGUGAUCUCUGUGGAAAAAUGUUCCAGUUCCGUUACCAACUAAUUGUUCACAGACGUUACCACACCGAAAGGAAACCAUUCACUUGUCAGGUGUGUGGAAGAGCUUUUACUAAUGCUCAAGAGCUCACCCGACAUGGAAAGUGCCACCUUGGAGGCAGCAUGUUCACUUGUGCAGUUUGUUUUCAUGUGUUCGCAAACGAUGCCUCAUUGGAAAGACAUAUGAAACGACAUUCGACUGAUAAACCAUAUGCUUGCAACAUUUGUUCCAAAACUUUUGCAAGAAAAGAACAUUUGGAUAAUCAUACGAGGUGCCAUACUGGGGAAACUCCUUAUAGGUGUCAAUACUGUACCAAGACUUUUACAAGGAAAGAACACAUGGUAAAUCACGUGAGAAAACAUACUGGAGAAACUCCUCAUAGAUGCGAAAUUUGUAAAAAAUCAUUCACUCGUAAAGAACACUUCAUGAAUCAUGUUAUGUGGCAUACGGGAGAAACUCCUCACCAUUGCACAAUUUGCGGCAAAAAAUAUACGAGAAAAGAGCAUUUGGCUAAUCACAUGAGAAGUCACACCAAUGACACUCCUUUCAGGUGUGAAAUAUGUGGUAAGUCUUUUACAAGAAAAGAACAUUUUACGAACCAUAUAAUGUGGCAUACAGGAGAGACUCCUCAUCGAUGCGAUUUCUGUUCAAAAACAUUUACCAGAAAAGAACAUCUUCUGAAUCACGUGAGACAACACACAGGGGAAUCCCCACAUCGUUGUGGCUUCUGUGCAAAGUCGUUUACUAGGAAAGAACAUUUGAUUAACCACGUCCGGCAACAUACAGGAGAAACACCAUUUAGAUGUAAUUUCUGUCCAAAGGCGUUUACAAGGAAAGACCAUUUGGUAAAUCACGUCAGGCAGCAUACCGGAGAAUCUCCACAUAAAUGUACAUAUUGUACGAAGUCAUUUACAAGAAAAGAACAUUUAAAUAACCACGUACGUCAACACACAGGCGAGUCGCCUCAUAGAUGCCAUUUUUGUUCUAAAUCGUUUACGAGGAAAGAACAUCUUACGAAUCACGUCAGAAUUCACACAGGUGAAUCUCCACAUCGAUGUGAGUUCUGUCAAAAAACUUUUACCCGCAAAGAACACUUAACAAAUCACCUUCGGCAGCAUACCGGAGAAACGCCUCAUUGUUGCAAUAUCUGCUCUAAACCGUUUACUAGAAAAGAACAUCUGGUGAAUCAUAUGCGAUCACAUACUGGAGAACGUCCUUUUGCUUGCAACGAGUGUGGAAAAUCGUUUCCACUUAAAGGAAACUUGCUUUUCCAUCAACGGUCUCACAAUAAAGGUGCUGGAGCUGAAAGACCAUUCAGGUGUGACUUAUGUGAGAAGGACUUCAUGUGUAAGGGCCAUCUUGUAUCGCAUCGAAGGGCGCACAGUAACGAUAGGCCACACGUUUGUCCAGAUUGUGGAAAGGCAUUUGUCGAAAAGGGUAACUUGUUGCGCCAUUUAAAGAAACACAAUACUGAAAAUGCUGCUACUGCUCCAUUGCCAACACAAGGUACUACCUCAUCACAAAACCAACCAGCGGGUGGUGGUGCUGCGGCUAACAUCCAGAUUCCACAAGUUCAUGUUAGUCAGAAUCAGCAGCAGCUCCAGCAAAACACGGCUAGUAACAUUGGGCAAUCUUCACAUUUACAAAUGCAUCCCCCUAAUAGUCAUUCUGUUGUGCCAACUGCUAAUACUAACGUUUUGACUUAUUAGGCUCUCUAACCUGAGUUCGUUGAUGACAGAUAACAGAUAUUAACUUUCGAUGAUUACUUAUAAAGGCCUAAGAUUUUCUUUUGGUUUGAUUUAUUGCUUAUAGUAAAAGUUGUUUAAUUCGACACUGCAGGCGAACAAUUUUUGGGGUUGGAAAAAAUUGAAUAUUCACCAAUAUUAUUUUUUGAAGUGCAAGUCCAUUCUUUUAUUUUUGUUGGAGAUAAACUUUUCAGUUACUGUUUCAUUAAAAUUUGGCCCUUUUUCGCACCAUUGAUGUUUUAGUUGAAAGCAUUGCAAGUGCUGUUAGUUUGUCAAAGUGUUCCUGGGCAAUCUGGUAAAAUCAGCUAAAUCUGUUUUCUAAAAUGUAUCUACAUUAGGACGUUUAAAAGCCGCGAAACAAUAUUUAAGUAUUAAAGCUAAUGUUAAGCUGUUGGUCUUGAAUCCAUAGAUGUUGAGUUCGUUAAAAAUCCCUGCCUUUUGUUGAAACCCCUAGGUAUUCGAGUGUUAAAAAAUUAUAUAUCUAAACAAAAAUCUGAUAAACGAAAUGAAAUAUACCCCAAAAGCAUGUAAAAACAUUGUACACCAAACGGCACUUGUGCCAAUCCUAAUCUUGAGCAAAGCAGUUAAAAAAAAAUAUUGUAUAUUAAAAAAAUCACAUGAGGUAUAACAACUCUAAUUUUGUUUGCUCUUAAAGUUUUCCAGAAAAUAACGUAUUCAAAUAUAUCUUGAUUAUAUAUCGUUAAAGGGAAACAUUUUCUUCCUCUUAAACAUCUAUCCACGAUUAGUAGGUAAAAAUAAUUAAAAAUAUGAAUCAAUUUUUGUUGAUUUAAAAAUUUAUUUGUAUGCCUAUUGUUGUGAUUAAUUUUUACAGGUUGCCAUAGAAACGACAAACCUUUCACACAUACACAUGGUUUAAAAGGUAGAUAAAAAUAUUAAUAAUUCAGGUUUAAAAGCUAGGUUCACAAUUAAUUUUAUUAGGAUUGUAAUUUUCAGGAAAAACACAAUUGUCGCUGUCAUGUCUUAUGGGAUUUUUUGAACAUAAAAUAAUUUUUUUCUACGAUCACUAUCCAAAGUGGGCUUUUGCGCUUCGAAAUUUAACCGCAAAGUUGACGUUUUCCGCGAACUAAUUAUAAGUAACAGCUUUGUCGAUCGCCGAGCGGAAAACUUAACAUCUUUGUCGCUCGCCUAUUUUAAAUUAGAUGUAAUAUAAUAUUUAUUUUUAAUAAAUGAUUUUAAGUUAUUUGUACCUAGUUUGACGCGGCAACUUUUUGUCUAAAACGACAAAGUAUCACUUUUCGCUCUUAAUACACAAAUGGCUAUUUAUAUUCACUUUGCUCAAGAUAGGGAUUCGUUGCCAGAUGACGGUCGAAAUUUGCAGUGAGCUCUCCUACUAUAACCAAUACAAUGUGACAACCGCCUAUAUUCAAACAGCAGUCUUCUGCGCAUCCUGAAUUUGUAUCCCUGGAGUGGAUGUUAUUUUGGAACAUCCAAUUGGUCCGAGUGAGCUAACUGAUUCUUUAGCUAUAAACUGUGGCCAUACUAAGUAAAUGGCACCACAAGGCGGAGCUUAUUUCAAACUAGUAGUUGGGAUAGUAAUGGUAUUUAAAAAAUAAUAAGACAGGUCUCCCGCAAAUAACAUUUUACAGAUAUCACAAGUGGACGUUUCGCAGAUCGGUUCGUCCCAAUUUAUCCACACAAUCCUGCAGGGGAAAUUGUGAAUAAUUUAUGAAAACUCGCGAUUUACCUUUUAACUAAACACAUGAGCGCGCAUUAUUUUGGCGAAAGGUGUGUUCAUUUGUUGCUAGGUCUCUCUAUUUGAAUAUAAUUUUUCUUUUCUUCCUUGCGAUAUAAAAUAUAAACAAAAUUCAAAAAAUUUAUGUAAUUCUCGUUGUAAUAACGUUGAUAGAAAAUUAAUUCCGAUAAUUUGGAAGUUGAUUCUUUCACGGCACAAUAUUAAUCGUACACGUGACUGGAUGUGCAAUCAAAAAGAGGCUGCGAAUUUCAUUCAAUGAGUUCGUUUGUUGUUUUAUUACAAAUUGACUUCCAAAAUAUAUCAAUAGCGCUUAAAUAAUCGAAGUCUGUUCUGUUAUUUAUCCAUUGCGCGGUUUUACAUGAAUUUAAUAACGGAGAGCCGAUAAUUUUUCGAAAAAUUGUAAAAUUUGCGUAAUUUUCGAAUCUUUUUGACGUUACGUAUUUUAGUAGAUUCUCCAGUUCUUAUUUCUCUUCACCAUAAACGAUGUUACUUCGAAAUGUACAGAUAUCAUCUUCAUCCAAAUUUGUCCCAUGACUGAUUUUUUUGGCUACUUCAAUAAUAUCAAUUUUAGUUGGACCAGGAAUUUCCCGUUGGGUGUUUACGAAGAAAUAAUAGAAACAGAUUUGGAGUCGUAGAAACAUAGAUUCCGAUACUUCAGAAAUAUUCUGUAAAUAAAAUAAAUUAUUUUACUAAACCUAGAAUGCAAACAUGUCAAAUUUAAAUAAAUAAAAAUAUAUUUUAUUUACCACCUCGCAACUCUCCGCUCCACUGAAUUAGUCGUUUUCUUUUAACAAAUUUGUCACCCUGAAAUAUAUUGCACGGACAGGCUCCUACUGUCCACCUGCAAUCGUGGACAAUGUGGAAAUGGUUCCAGUCGAGGCUUUCAUGAUAACUGAUGAUGAGUUGUCUGUAGUAUUGCUGGUUUGCCAAUUGAUUAACAAAAACAAAGCCUUGUUGUUAUUCUCAGACUGGGUAGCAAAAUCUUCUAAGGUUUUCCACGAAUUUACUUUUUGUUUCCCAGGUUCCAAAUUCGUUAGAAUCUUUUUUUCAAAAUCCUCAUUAAUGAUAAUAUAGGGUGUCCAAAUUGUAGCAGUCAUUAGAACAGUUCUUCAACAGGGUAUAAAAUUUCGUCGACGUCUGCCAUAUCUCUUAAAUUAAAUUUCCUGGUUCGUGUAUUUUGAGUGACAAUAAUCACAGUAUUUAAUUUUUACGUACUGAAUACACUGUUGUUCGCAGUGGACACAGUAUACUCGUUUGAUGUACUGUUAAUUUAAAACUUCUUCAGGUUUAACAGUGUGAUGCUCAAUCAGUUCCAACCAAUCGAUAUGAUUAAUUUGGCUGAUUUCAGAACUCCUAAGGCGUUCUCAGUGUGCUCUCUUUAUCGUACUAUUGCUCAUAUGCCUCAGACGAGGGAAUGUGAGUGAGAGGGCACAUAUAAUGUAAUUAAUAUUGCUUUGGUGGGGUCACAUUUUAAAUAUUUUGUUGUACAGGGUGUAACUAAAUAAGUGUAAAACAUUUAAGGGGGUGAUUCCUCAUCGAAAAAAAGAUAGGAUCUUUCAUAUAAAGAAACUUCAUUGGAGCAUCCCUUGUUAAGAUACAGCCCCUUAAAGAGGGUACAUAAAAUUUGUUUAACAAUUUUUUUCACAAGCACUAAACAAGUUACAAUAUUGAAAUUAACCUGUCAUUUUCUACUACCAAAAAGACACUUAGCCAGUAGCGGCCUACUAGAUAAAUUAGUUUCGUAUUUUCGUUUUAUGGCGAUAUCUAUCUUGUUCGUAAAAUAAUGUUUUGCUGCGAACUGGUUUAUUUUGGGCAAAAAAUUCAAGAGACAUUUUUUGUUUAGAAUGAAACAGGCUAUCGGAAAUAAAUGGUAAACAAAUAAUAAGACAAAAAGUUACGUUGGAACGAAAUUUUAGGGGUUGCGUUUUCCACCCCUUACAACCAUGGGGUAAACCAAAUAAAUUACUGGCUAAGUGUCUUUUUGGUAGUAGAAAAUGUCAGGUUAAUUUCAAUAUUGUAACUUGUUUAGUGCUUGUGAAAAAAAUUGUUAAACAAAUUUUAUGUACCCCCUUUAAGGGGCUGUAUCUUAACAAGGGAUGCUUCAAUGAAGUUUCUUUAUAUGAAAGAUCCUAUCUUUUUUUCGAUGAGGAAUCACCCCGUUAAAUGUUUUACCCUUAUUUAGUUACACCCUGUAGUGGUUUAUUAUUUAUAUCAUAUUUCAUUGUUUAUUAUGUUUUAUUAUAUUUGUGUUGGUCUUAUUGUUUUUGUUUUUUGAAGUGCCAUUUAUUUUUACUAUUUUCAACUAAUUUUCCCUAAAAAUUAAAUACCUUAAAUGUGUCUGCAACCUUAACUAUUUUACGACCAUGUACAGUUGUUUUUGUUUUACUGGAAAUAUUUUAUUUCUGAUUUUAUUAUUUAAAAACCAAUAAUAUCUUCUAUCUGCGAAUGAACUCAGGUCAACAUUGCCAGUAUUGUGUGAUAUAUGUAGAUAUUGUUAAAAGUGAAAUAUUAUAUCUGAUCAGUAUUUUGUUUGAAAUAUAAGGAAGCAAUGGUGAUGUAUGUAGGAAUCUUAAAAUUGAAUCUUUUUAUUGGAUGCUAAUUAUAAAUAUUGAUUAGAGAUAUUAGUUCAUGUUUUCAUGUACAUAGUGUUAGCUAAAGUUUAAAAUUAACUUCUUUGAAAGAGUUGAUUGUUUAAAAUAAUUUAAAUGACAGAGUUACAUUGUCCUACUUAAUUGAAGACUGUUUUUAUAAAAUAUUAUGGUUAUUUUCAUGAUUGGUUUAAAAUAUUAUACAUUUAAUUAUAAGUAUAUAAACUAGGAGUCUAUUUUUUAGUUGCCAUGCAUAUUUUUAAAUUGAUUGGAUUUUAAUAAUAUAUCUUAAAAUCCCAAAUAAUGAUAAGCUCUUUUCAAAAAAACUUGGCAGUUUGAUGAGUCAUAAUUGUUUUGUUGUCAUUAUUAAAGAAAAUUUAUAGUUGAAAUUUCUAUAUUUAAUUUCAUUUUGAAUUUAGUUUUUUCCAAUUUUAAAAAAUUGAACCAGAUGGCAUUGUUUUAGUUUUAUAUCUUAGGUGCUAUAUUUUUCGUCUACGUUCUAAGUAUCAUUUUUUAGUCAAACAAAAUUAUUUAUUUUUAUUGAAAACAAUUGAUGUUAAAACAUCUUUUUUUCGUGGAUAUUGUACAUUGCUUGAAGAUGUGAUGUAAGAAUACAUUUUUCUUGGGUUGCAAUUUUAUUGUUUUCUUUGAUUAUAUCUAGUAUAAAUGCCAUAAUUUUUAUUGUUAUUGGUAGUGUAUGAUCAAAUAAACAUUUCUAUAGAACUGGGGCCCUUGAAACGACCUUUCUGGAAGGAAGUGCGAUUUUAAAUUAUCUUAAUGUGUAAUUUAAGAUGCUUACCAAGAUAGCGAAAGUAGUGUCCUUCAAUUCAAAUAUCGAAAACGAGGGGAAAACCACUUGGGCCGAAACAUACAUUUCAGUAACCAUAUAACAUUCAUGUGAUUAUCUUUCAUACAUUUUUACGAAUAUUUUGGCGAGAUCACUCAUGGUUCUAUGAUUUUUGUGAUUUCGCGAAAAUAUCUCUUAAUUUUAUAAGAUUUCGGCGAUUUCUCCGAAAUCAUCAUAAUAUGUCUCUAAAAGGUGCGGAAAAAAUGCUAUCACAUGUUCCUGAGGCUUAAAUAUGACGAUCUAGCCCAACUUACCUCAGUCCAAAAGAGGAUGAUUUCGGAAAUACAGAGUGUUUAAAUUUCAAUUUGGUUUUAGUUUUUCAUAAUUUUUUUUUUAAUAAUUGGUGUAUUUUCACAAUAAUAAUCAUCUUUAUUUUGAGAAACAAUCAUAAUACAUAUAAGUAAGACAAUUCUUAAACAAAACAGUGUCAAGAAAAAUAUAUUAAUGAUCACAUAGAGUAAUAUUCAUUAAUUGUAUAUGGUUCUAAAUUAAUUAACAAUUCAUGUACUUCCCUUUUAAAUACUUUAACAUUUGCUAAUCUUUUUAUUGCAUCAGGCAGUUUAUUGUACAACUUUACACAGCUGUGCCCUGCUCCAUGUUCUGUAGCUGUCAGCAUAUGUAUUGGAUAUACUAGGUUUAUAUUUCUCAAUAUAUAAGCAUUUGUUGAUUCAAAAUUUGAAAAUAAACCUCUAUUUUUAAAUAAAAAAAAUUAAGCAUUCCUGUAUGUAUAUGCCUAUCACAGUUAAGAUUUUAUUUUCUCUAAAUCUGGAUUUAAAAUUUGCAAAGUAUACCAUUUUUAAACUAUCCCAUUCCAAAUAUUUCUUCACAACUCUGAUGCAGUAACAGAUCUAGCUUAGUUUUGUACAUACAAAUUCAAUAUGGCUUUCCCAGCACUGAAAACUAUCAAUAUAUAGCCUCAGAAACUUGGUACUAGUUGGGACCUUAAAUAUACAGUUGUUUAGUUGGAUAUUUAUUGGCAUUUCAUCUGUUGUAAUAGGCCUUUUCAUCACAAUUUUUUUUGUGCGCAUGUGUCAGUAUCAACCAUCUUUUUCGUACUGUUUUUUGUAAACAAGCAUGUUAAAAUGUCAACGUGAAAAAAAUUAUAAUCGAUAAAUAUUAAUUUUUAAGUACAUUCGUUUAAAAAAUGCGAUAAAAAAAGUAAAGUAAUAAGUGUCUUAAUUGAAAAUCAAUUUUUGCAAUCAAUUAAUUGUGUUAUCUUUACGGAAAAGGAAAACUAAAUGGUAUUGUUAUGAGUGUGUAAAAGUGACAAAAGGUAUAAAUUAUUAUUUUAUAAAAAGACUUGCCUGCAAUAUCGUAAAAAACUAUCAAAUCAUUAGGCAAAAUACAUAUUAAAACAUGUUCAAAAUGAGCAUUAUGAGUGAAAAAAUGUGGUCAAAGUGACAAAGGUUUUCGAUCGAUUGAUGUUACUAAAGAUACUUACAUUUGUUCACUACAUUUUCAUGGAGAAAGUGGUUCAACAGAAGAAAAUCCUUGUCUGGUAUUACGCAAUAUUUUUUAAUAUUAAAUACUACUUCGAUAUACACAGUAAUAUUAUAAAAAUGUCAUGUUGAUCCUUAAAAUUUUAAAUAAUUUAUCUUAUUAAUUAUACUCAUGAUUAACUUUCAUGUUAAAGUGUUUUUGCCAUUAUUAAUAGUUGGUUGGUAUAAUUAAUUAGAAUAAAGUUAUAAUUAUUAUUUGUUUUCAUUAAUUUUUUACACAGUAAUUAUGUAUUGAAACCUAACCUCUCAAUCACCACACUUUUUUUCCUUGUUCCCAACGUCCACGUCACUUCAAGAACCUUUUUAAUUGAUCACAACUAUGUGCUUCCACAGAGUUAUAAAAAUGUAAAUCACCAUCAACGAUUUUUUCUAAUGAUUUGUAUGUAGAGAUAAUAUUGCUUUUCCAGCCAUUGUUGAUCAAAACAGUACGAAACUUUUGAAUUGGCGCUAUUUCAACAUGGCGGCUGCGCUUGCGCUCAUCAUAUGUAAAAAGUAUCACAUUUGUUUUGUCCUCAUUGAGUAUUAAUUUAUUUAUUUCAAACCAUUUUUUAGCUUUAGUUCUCUCUCUCUCUCUCUCUCUCUCUCUCUCUCUCUCUCUCUGCAUUUAGGGUUAACUCCAUCAUAUUAGAUGCAUUUAUUAAGAUAUUUGUGUCAUCUGCAUAAUUGGUUAGCACACAGUUCUCAUUAGCAAUCAUAACGCUGUUAGUUCAUUCACAUAAAUAAUAAAAAUCAAUGGACCUACUAUACUUCCCUGAGGUAUUCAUAUAUUAGAUGUUAUUUCUACAGAUCUACCUUCCUCAUUAUUUUUAUAUAUUUUGACAACCUGUUUCCUAUUCUUAAGAUAUGAUUUGAACCACCCUAAUGCAGCCCCCCCCUAAUUCCAUAUUUCUCCAGCUUGUCCAGCACUAUCCCAUGGUCUAGACAAUCGUAGGCCCAUAGCCAGCCUACCAUUCUCCAGAUCAAUAUUUAGCUAGGAGGGGUUUUGUGAGGUGACAAAUUAGAAGCAGUUCUCAUUUUUAUUGUAAAGUUUAAAGGGCGCCACCUGCGCUACCUUGUACACAUUUAAAACGAAAUAACUUUUAAAUAAAAAUUCUUGUUUUCCAAAGUCUUUUACCUAAAAAAAGAUAAACGUAAUAAGAGUUGAUUUGAGCAGCCGUUUUUGAGUUAUGUCGAUUUAAAAAAUUCACUUCAUGUAUGGCCCUUUCAAUUUCCAAUGAAUUAUUAUUGUUGUACCAUCUCAAAAAGUUUUCUCUGGAAAAACUUUAAUUUUCUUUACGAAAGACCUUUUUUGUUCUUCACUUAUUUUUUUAUCUUCUUUUUUGUUCUUCACUUGUUUUUUGGCUCUUCACUUGAUUUUUUUUGUUUGACAUUUUUUACUCUUUACUUGUUUUUUUUUUAUCCACCGUCUGCAGUUUUUAUAUUUUGGCCAUGAUUUCAGGGAAUUCGAGAGAAUUUAUAGCAAUUUAGGUGAUUUCGACUAAAAACAUACUAGUAUUGCGGCAGUGGUUCACCCCUCGGUUGUAUAGCAAUAUUUUUUAUACAAUUUUAGUUUUUGUUUGUACAGAAUCUUGAACAAUACCUGUAACACACGUGACGUCUGUAGUAACCCUAAAAUAAUGUCGCUGAUAUAUUUACAGAACUGAGACUUAAGUUGUCAUGAAAUUCACUAAAAAUGGUCAUUGUCAUUAGAUUUGCUGUUUUACCAGAUCACGUGGGAUACAGGUAUUGUUGAAAACUCGUUAUUUAACAACCCAUAUUUCACAAAAUAGACCUUAAUUUUCUACCUCACUUUUUAAAUUUUAUUUUUACUUGACAUUGAAACUCUGUCAGUCAGAAAAUUAUAUAUAUACAAAAAAUAGAUAUUUUAUUUACUUAAGUUUCUGUUAGGUGUGCAAUACUUAUAUAUUUAUUUUUUUAUGAAUAUUUUAUUUUCUUAUAAUUUUUGGUUUAAUCGCCAAUUAAAUAAUCAUAUGGGAACAAAUUUCUUCAAGUAUUUAUAUGUUUUUAAUUCAUAUCAUGUGGAUAUUAGAAAAUAUUGUAUAUUUUGUAAUUUUUAAAUUUAGCUUUAACGAAUUGUAAAAAUGUUUUAAGAACGGUUACUACAUAUUUUUAGUAUUAGCUGAAAAAAUAUUUUUUAAGUAAAAUAAAC